AUGGCGGCCGCAUCUGAAAAAUGGUCUUAUUUCGUGUACGUCUUAUCUAUCUAUCUAUCUAUCUAUCUAUCUAUCUGUCUAUCUGUUAUCGGUCUUAUUUCUUGGUCGUCUUGCCUUUCUUUCUGUCUAUCUUCGUUAUUAAAUCACCUCAGUCACACCUGUAAAAAAAAGGUUUUAUUUCUUGGUCGCUCUCUCUCUCUCUCUCUUUCUCUCUCUCUCUAUCCAUCUAUUUUCGUUAUUAAAUCACCUCAGUCACACCUUCACACCUGUAAAAAAAAGGUUUUAUUUCUUGGUCGCUCUCUCUCUCUCUCUCUCUUUCUCUCUCUCUCUAUCGAUCUAUUUUCGUUAUUAAAUCACCUCAGUCACACCUUCACACCUGUAAAAAAGGUUUAUUUCUUGGUCCCUCUCUCUCUCUCUCUCUUUCUCUCUCUCUCUAUCCAUUUAUUUUCGUUAUUAAAUCACCUCAGUCUCACCUGUAAAAAAAGGUUUUAUUUCUUGUUCGUUCUCUCUCUCUCUCUCUCUAUCUCCAUCUAUUUUCUCACACCUGUAAAAAAAAGGUUUUAUUUCUUGUUCGCUCUCUCUCUCUCUCUUUCUCUCUCUCUCUCUAUCCAUCUAUUUUCGUUAUUAAAUCACCUCAGUCACACCUGUAAAAAAAGUUUUUAUUUCUUGUUCGUUCUCUCUCUCUCUCUCUAUCUCCAUCUAUUUUCGUUAUUAAAUCACCUCAGUCACACCUUCACACCUGUAAAAAAAAGGUUUUAUUUCUUGGUCCCUCUCUCUCUCUCUCUCUUUCUCUCUCUCUCUAUCCAUUUAUUUUCGUUAUUAAAUCACCUCAGUCUCACCUGUAAAAAAAAGGUUUUAUUUCUUGUUCGUUCUCUCUCUCUCUCUCUCUAUCUCCAUCUAUUUUCGUUAUUAAAUCACCUCAGUCACACCUGUAAAAAAAAGGUUUUAUUUCUUGUUCGCUCUCUCUCUCUUUUUCUCUCUCUCUCUAUCCAUCUAUUUUCGUUAUUAAAUCACCUCAGUCACACCUGUAAAAAAAGGUUUUAUUUCUUGUUCGUUCUCUCUCUCUCUCUCUAUCUCCAUCUAUUUUCGUUAUUAAAUCACCUCAGUCACACCUGUAAAAAAGGUUUUAUUUCUUGUUCGUUCUCUCUCUCUCUCUAUCUCCAUCUAUUUUCGUUAUUAAAUCACCUCAGUCACACCUGUAAAAAAAGGUUUUAUUUCUUGGUCCCUCUCUCUCUCUCUCUCUCUCUUUCUCUCUCUCUCUAUCCAUUUAUUUUCGUUUUAUUUCUUGUUCGUUCUCUCUCUCUCUCUCUCUAUCUCCAUCUAUUUUCGUUAUUAAAUCACCUCAGUCACACCUGUAAAAAAAAGGUUUUAUUUCUUGGUCGCUCUCUCUCUCUUUCUCUCUCUCUCUCUCUAUUCAUCUAUUUUCGUUUUAUUUCUUGUUCGUUCUCUCUCUCUCUCUAUCUCCAUCUAUUUUCGUUAUUAAAUCACCUCAGUCACACCUGUAAAAAAGGUUUUAUUUCUUGGUCGCUCUCUCUCUCUCUCUUUUCUCUCUCUCUCUAUCCAUCUAUUUUCGUUAUUAAAUCACCUCAGUCACCUGUAAAAAAAAAGGUUUUAUUUCUUGUUCGUUCUCUCUCUCUCUAUCUCCAUCUAUUUUCGUUAUUAAAUCACCUCAGUCACACCUGUAAAAAAAAGGUUUUAUUUCUUGGUCCUCUCUCUCUCUCUCUCUUUCUCUCUCUCUCUAUCCAUUUAUUUUCGUUUUAUUUCUUGUUCGUUCUCUCUCUCUCUCUAUCUCCAUCUUUUUCGUUAUUAAAUCACCUCAGUCACACCUGUAAAAAAGGUUUCAUUUCUUGGUCGCUCUCUCUCUUUCUCUCUUUCUCUCUCUCUCUAUCCAUCUAUUUUCUCACACCUGUAAAAAAAAGGUUUUAUUUCUUGUUCGUCUCUCUCUCUCUAUCUCCAUCUAUUUUCGUAAAUCAAACCUGUAAAAAAAGGUUUAUUUCUUGUUCGUUCUCUCUCUCUCUCUAUCUCCAUCUAUUUUCGUUAUUAAAUCACCUCAGUCACACCUGUAAAAAAAAAAGGUUUUAUUUCUUGGUCUCUCUCUCUCUCUCUCUCUCUCUCUCUCCAUCUAUUUUCGUUAUUAAAUCACCUCAGUCACACCUUCACAAAAAAAAAAGGUUUUAUUUCUUGUUCGUUCUCUCUCUCUCUCUCUAUCUCCAUCUAUUUUCGUUAUUAAAUCACCUCAGUCACACCUGUAAAAAAGGUUUUAUUUCUUGUUCGUUCUCUCUCUCUCUCUCUAUCUCCAUCUAUUUUCUCACACCUGUAAAAAAAAGGUUUUAUUUCUUAGUCGCUCUCUCUCUCUUUCUCUCUCUCUCUCUAUUCAUCUAUUUUCUCACACCUGUAAAAAAAAGGUUUUAUUUCUUGUUCUCUCUCUCUCUCUUUCUCUCUCUCUCUCUCCAUCUAUUUUCGUUAUUAAAUCACCUCAGUCACACCUGUAAAAAAAGGU